GGGAGACUCAGAGAGCAAGAGGCAGAGGGAGGGGGCGGGUGUGGAAGCCGAGGCAGGACCCCGAGCCCGGAGAGGCAGAGACGGAGAACAUCCCUGGCCAGAGAUCGUCCCCCCGGGGAGACUCCCAGUAGGGGCCGGGGCAGAGAGACGCCUUCAGGGCCAGAAACCCUAGGAGGCAAAUACCCCUGGGAGAUAUUACCGCCACCCCCCGCCCCAGAUAGAGAGCGCCUCGCAGAGCGGGGACGAGGACAGACUGUCAGAGGACAACGCCCCCCAGGCCUCCUGGGAGACCCCGGAGCAACCCCAGGGGCGACAAGGGCCUUGUGAGGGCCAGGGCGACCUCUUCUUGGUUGGGGGCGAUGGGGACACGGGCCCCGCAGGGCCUCCUCCUCCUUCUCUUGCUCCGGCUGCUGCUGCCACGCGGGACCUCAGCUGGGAGCCUGCAUAACCCAGGCCUGUCCGAGUGCUUCCAGGUGAAUGGCGCAGACUACCGCGGCCACCAGAACCGCACGGGCCCGCGCGGGGCUGGCCGCCCGUGCCUCUACUGGGACCAGACGCAGCAGCACAGCUACAGCAGCGCCAGCGACCCCCACGGCCGCUGGGGGCUGGGCGCGCACAACUUCUGCCGUAACCCAGAUGGUGAUGUGCAGCCAUGGUGCUACGUGGCCGAGACAGAGGAGGGCAUCUACUGGCGCUACUGCGAUAUCCCCACGUGUCAUAUGCCUGGGUACCUGGGCUGCUUCGUGGACUCCGGGGCACCCCCGGCCCUCAGCGGCCCCAGCGGCACCUCAACAAAGCUCACUGUCCAGGUGUGCCUUCGCUUCUGCCGCAUGAAGGGCUACCAGUUGGCGGGCGUGGAGGCUGGCUACGCCUGUUUCUGUGGCUCUGAAAGCGACCUGGCCCGGGGACGCCCGGCUCCGGCCACCGACUGUGACCAGAUCUGCUUUGGCCACCCGGGCCAGCUGUGCGGCGGUGAUGGGCGCCUGGGCAUCUACGAAGUGUCCGUGGGCUCCUGCCAGGGGAACUGGACUGCACCUCAAGGUGUCAUCUACUCCCCGGACUUCCCGGACGAGUACGGGCCGGACCGGAACUGUAGCUGGGCGCUGGGCCCCCCGGGCGCCGCGCUGGAGCUCACCUUCCGCCUCUUCGAGCUGGCGGACCAGCGCGACCAGCUGGAGCUGCGCGACGCCGCCUCGGGCAGCCUGCUCCGCGCCUUCGACGGCGCCCGCCCGCCGCCGCCGGGGCCGUUGCGCCUGCGCUCCGUCGCACUGCUGCUCACCUUCCGCAGCGACGCUCGCGGCCACGCGCAGGGCUUCGCACUCACCUACCGCGGUGAGGCCCCGCCGCGUCCCCCCUCAGCCCGCUCCCCCGCCAGCCUGCCUCACACCCCUCUCCGCAGGGCUGCAGGACGCCGACGACCCUGCGCCCCCCAAGGGCUCGGCCCAGACCCCUGCAGGGCCCCCCGACGGGGCCAACAUGAGCUGCAGCCCCCGGCCUGGAACUCCAGAGGCCGCGAUUGGGGCCCAGGUCUUCUUGACGGUGACGGCCGUCUCAGUGCUGCUGCUGCUGCUGCUGUCCCUGCUGCGCCUGCUGCGCGGACGGUGCGCGCUCUGGGGCAGGACCUGAGGGCGGACCUUGCCGGGAGCCUGACGCCCCACCCCGGUGCCCCGGGGCGUGGGGGGCCCUGGUGGGAAGCUAGGGCCCACGACGGGAACAGGGCUGGAAGGAACUCCUGGGUUCGAGGGACGAGGAUCACGCGUUCGAGGGACGCGUGGGAUCACAAGCGAAGCAAGGUGCUGGAGGUGAGGUUGGUUGGGGGUUCGGCUGACGUCUGCUCCCUCUCUAGGAGCUGCCUGCUGGCUCCGGGUAAAGGGCCCCCAGCGUUGGGGCCUUCCCGGGACCCCGCAAGAAGCUGGGCCGUUUGGUACCGCCGGCCUCGAGGGGUCGCCCUGCCCUGUCCUCCCGGGGACCCCCAGGUUGAGAGUCUAACCGCGAGUUACCGGCCAUUGAGCGCCUCCAGCCAGAGUUCCCUGCGCUCACUCAUCUCUGCUCUCUGACUCGGGACCCCCAGGGUCCACUGGACCCUCCUGCAGCGGGACAGACUCCUGAGACCCUUUGCCACACACUGCCUACCUUGGCCUUCUGCCCCUUUGAAGUUUGGCAGCUCGGCCUCUAGUCAUCUCAAGGAGGCCAGACGUUGGACAGGAAGCAUCUGGUGCUAUUAUUGGGAACUUCACCUGACCCUCGGGGUCCAGAUGGUCAAGGCAAAAGGGCAAGAGGAAUUCGACUUCCCUCAUAAACCUGGAUACCUGGGUCUUUGAGCCCCUUCUGGGGUGGUUCUGGACUGCUGCCCAAAGUGAAAUGUGAGAGGUCAACAAAAGUGGUCAAAAGACUAA